UAUUGCAGAGAUUGAUUGAACUUGCCAUUCAUUGGCCUUCGUCCAUUUUGAGGGUUGCUUCCUGACUGAAGCAAAGGGGUUAUUUUAUUUUAUUUCAUUUUAUUUUGGAUUUUUAUUGUUGUUUUUUCAAGGUGCUGCAUGAAAGAAACCGAUGACUCGGAGAGACUAGAGAGAGGGAAGAUGCUUUGUGGAUGGCUAGGCUUCCAGAAGCAGCAAAAAGAAAGUUAGAAACCAAAGCAAAGCCAAACCAAAGUUAACUGGAAAUUAAAAAAACAAAAGACAUGGGUCCCAUGGCAGAUAUAUGACUUGUGGUCGAGAUUAAAGCAGGAAAGCCUCUCAACUCCACAACUCCUAAAAGCCAAGACUAUCUUUGAAAAACUUGCGUCGAUCAAGUGACCAAAUACCAAAUGAACCAAACCAAAGUUGACAAAACAAAAGACAUCUCCACUCCAUAUCCCCCCCUGCCCUCUCUCUCUCAUUCAUUUGUCAUGUCUCUGUUGCCUGCUUAUUAAAGCCCCCACAUUUUCCCCACCCUCUACAAUCUCUUCUAAUGUUAUAAAAGAGAAGCAUCUUUUUUUUUCUACCCUAUCGCCAAUCCUAGUUCUUGCGCUCAUCAUCAUUAUACCCGAUCAAACCCCAACAACACUUACAAGUUACAACAGCUGCAUCUGCUUAUUGUUUGAUUUGAUUAUAAAAGCAACAUGUUUUCUUUUGGUUUUUAGUUGGGGUUGUUCUUUUGUUUCUGGGGCAUAUUAUUAUAUUAUGUCAAAAGAAGAUGGAUGUUUUUGCUGGCUGAUUGGGAGACGAUGAAAGUGAGAGAGAAUUAUGCGAACCCUUUGUGACGCUUGUGAAAGUGCUGCUGCUAUUGUCUUCUGUGCUGCCGAUGAGGCUGCUCUUUGCCGUGCCUGUGAUGAAAAGGUCCAUAUGUGCAACAAGCUUGCUAGCCGGCAUGUCCGGGUCGGUCUGGCAAAUCCCAGUGAUGUUCCUCGCUGUGACAUAUGUGAAAAUGCACCUGCUUUCUUUUACUGUGAGAUCGAUGGAAGUUCCCUUUGUUUACAAUGUGAUAUGAUUGUACAUGUUGGAGGCAAAAGAACUCAUGGAAGAUAUCUUCUAUUAAGGCAGAGAGUUGAGUUUCUGGGGAAUAAACCUGGUAUUAUUGAGGGCCCAGCUUCACAACCGAUGGAUCCCAGUGAGAUCAGAAGAGGCCAAAAUCAGCCAGCUAAACCAACAGUAGGAGAGAGCCAACAAAAUCACAAGCUCUCCCCUGUUCAAGGGACAGAUGCUAAUGCUGGUGGCUAUCUCAAAAUGGAUAGUAAAAUGAUAGAUUUGAAUAUGAAGCCUCAUCGAAUACAUGGACAAGCCUCAAACAAUCAGGAACAAUAAUUCACUGUUCUAAGCAGAUGUGAUGAUGAUUAGGAGACCUGGGUCCCAGUCGGUUAAAUUUUAUUUGGAAGCCAGUUGCCUGGAGUACCUCACUUCACUUAUGUUAACCACUCCUUAGCUGGUCAACUUAUCAUCACCUUCUCUUCUCCCUAAACUAGCAUAGUUGUUAGAGUGGUUUUUAGACAAGCCCUGUAGCUCAUACUGCAAAGGAUUGAUCUGUAAUCUGUCAUUAUUUUGUUAUGUUUGAUUUGUGCUGUUGAAAUGGCAUUGUAAAAACGGCAUUUUUUUGUGUGACUUAUUAUGAACUUGGGAGAUUUGAUAAUGCUUGAGAUUAAUGCUUGAAGAGCAAUGCUAUAUGCUUAUACCCAGAGUUUCUCUUAAUCAAGUUAAUACUAACAUGAAACGGGCUCUCAGGUAAAGGAAAAUCAAAUUUCUUGGUGGAUGGAUAACAUCCGUUUUAAGAAAAGAAAAGCUCAAUAUUUACAUGGAGCAAAUUGAAUUUAUAGAUCUUUUAAGUGAUGUGAUGAAAUUCUCACCAUUUCAUAAUAAAUUCUAAACUAAUUUGUUUUGACUGCUCUCUAGUCGUUAUAGUUUUGAGAUCUCAAUUACAUUUUCAAUUAAAUUCAAGGGGAAAAGAAAAGAGUAGCAAUGACAGAAAGAUUAGUAAUCUGCUCUUUCAAUUAAAUUUUCACUGCUUGAUGUCUAUAAAGCUGUCGAAGAUGCAUGACUGUUGCCUACGAGGAUAACAGCAAAGAUCUUCAUUACUUCUACAUAAUUUAUAGGCUUACCAUCAUUGUUGUUUUCUUCUAUGAA